AUGAACGAAAAUUCUAAAGCACCGCCCAUUCCACCACGACCUCUGCCAUCACAGUCAGCCACACCACCACCACUGCCACCUCCAUCGCCGCCGCCACCGCCACGCCAGCCGGCACUAUCACCACUACCAUCUACAAACCAGUCGACAGAAGGCAUCACCGCGAGCUCAAAAUCAGGUUCGCCUUUUGGUAUGAUGACACCGCAGCUGCUCCGACACAAGUCCUCCAAUACUACUGCAAUUGCCGACUCCACGGGUCAUCGAAAACCAUCAGCAUCUCGAAUGUUCUCACGUUUACGUUCAGCACUCCGUAUUGGCAGCAGUGGUGGUGGCUCCAACACAGCAGCUGACAGCAUAAAACGCGGAAUCGCGACAACAGCAACGACGUGUGGGAUGACAGUGGUAACGGCAAAUCAUUUACCAAACACUUUCGCCUCCGACGGUAUUUAA